CUACAAAAGUUCCGCAGUUUCGCAGGCCAUCGACCUUCUCCUGUCCAUAUGUAUCGUUCAAUUCACUGAUAUACUCAUAUUGCUGCUUUGAUCAUUGUAAAAACAUUAUCGCGAUGCAUUCGCCCAGCACUCCUCCUUGUGACAUGCCUGAUUUGGAAAAGGGAAUCAUCGCCAACCCGCAAGGUUCACAUGAUACGGAGAUGGAACACGAUAGUCGUGCAACGACUCUGACCGUGAGAGACACAGCAAAACAGUUGCUAGGUCCUCAUAACGCGAACACCAAAGCAUCCAAAAUUUCGGCUGCUCAGAUCGAACACAACAGUAUCAGAGAAACAAUAACGAUACCCCUGGAGGACUAUAGGCAGGGUUAUCCGCGACAAGCAGCCUUUCAAUCCAGCGAGCCCAGCUGGUCCAUAUACCGUGGGUUUAACUACCUACACUCCCGAGUUAUCCUGGAACUCCAAGACGAGCUCCGAUGCAUGGAGAAAGAACUUUCCGACAUGGACGAGAUUGAUUUCUACAAUGGUGACGAGAACCGACUGAAAUCACGAAACAGCGACCUCAUGCAGGCGCAGCGAGAGAAGACUGAAAGCGCUCGUGCCGGAUUGAUUAAUGAUAUCAGAAGCAAGCUUGUCAACUAUGACGAAAUUCUCUCACGAGCUCGUGAUCUCAACGCUUUCCAGCGUCCGUCAAAGCGCGAUUAUCGAAGCUUUCGAACAUGGUUCUUCAACGUGAAACCUCUGAAUUAUGAACUGGAGGAGCAAUUCAUAAAGCGGAAAGAAGAUCUUGUCUCACUCCGACAUGGUCGCGAAUGGUCAGGUUUCGAUGGUCUCAUCGAGUCCUGUUUGCAGAGGGUACAUUGUGGGCUCACUCAAAAACUAUUCGCAACUGAAGAACUUCGCAAGAAGACAAGCGACAAGUGUAUCUUCUACUACUCGCAUUCACGCAUCGAAAAGCUAGUUGGGCUGAUAAUCACGCUUAUGAUCUUCGUGUUGCUGGUCUUACCAGUUGUGGCUAUGUAUAAGCUGACUUCAGUUGGUGACCGCAACUCAACCUUCGACGCCGUCGGUAUCCUGGUUGUUUUCACGCUUCUGUUCUCGGCGGCCAUGUCACUUGUGACGAAAGCAAAGCGGCAUGAGCUGUUUGCCGCCAGUGCAGCGUAUUGCGCUGUACUCGUCGUGUUCAUCAGCAACUUUAACAAUGAUGGAACUCGCUAACUUGGUUCAACAUGCAAGCACUUGAGCAGUCAACGGUCUCUUUAUCUCUCUUACUGGUAUAAUUCUUCUUUAUAUGCACAACCAGAUCCUACUUGCC